AAACGCUCUAUUUCCGCUGCAGUAACGAGAACGAGCACAUCAAAAAAGAAAGAAAAAUGUGGACCGUUGAGACAAACUGAGCCAAGAGACGGGACGUUGAGCUACAUACAUCGUUUUCAUUUAAAUUGGUUACCAGAUAGGCGUUGUUAAAUAAAGUUCCCUGACAAAUUUUUUGACAGUUUAAGGGUCGUUUCGAGGUUAACUCGCCCCCUUGUUCUGUGGUGGUUCGGUUUGAGGAAGCAGCACGGCUAGCCAGCUGCUGAAUUAGCUAGCUCGCUAGAGAUGGGGACGAGAGCAAGUCGCCUACAAGAAGACCCGGUUCCCUCUGCUUUCGGAAAAGAUGGCACAAAGCGGGAUUCAUAUCGGCGACCUCGCUGCGCCAGGCCCACCAGUCUCAUGGUCGACUUCUCGGGAAGCUUCGAGGACACGGAGGCCAACCGGAGCCGCUCGGAGGAAGGCAGCGACUCGGACCUGGGGCAGCAUGGGGCGAGCGCCGAUGGUAGCCCCGCUGACCACCACAGCAUCCCCUCUAGCAUUAGCCAGGCGUCACCUGCGGACGACAACAACAGCGAGGGGAAGCCCGAUGAAGACGGGAGUAUAAGCCCAGAGCCUCCCGUCGUAGCGGAACAUCAGUCCGGAGAGGAGACAGGCCGCACGCCCCACCGCACUUUUUCCGAGCGGCUGCCCGGGAAUCGGCACUCUUCCGCCCGCAGCGUGGGCGCAAGAUCCGCCCGGGUCCGAGGCACACACCAGCGGCCGGUGUCAGAGGCGUGGAUCGGCCUUUAUCGUGUUAACAACCGUCAUGGCAAUAUCCGCUGUCCUUUCUGCUCAAAGCCCUUCCCAGGGGGUCGAAUCGAGGAUCACCUGUUGAGCUGCCUCACGUCUCCUCCCCUACCAUACAAUACGGAUGUGCUCAGUAAAGACAGCGGAGAGUGCUCCAUCUGUUUGGAGGAUCUCGUACAGGGAGAGACCAUCGCCAGACUGGCUUGCCUCUGUGUCUACCAUAAGAGCUGCAUUGAUUCCUGGUCCAAGGUGAAACCCUGCUGUCCUGAACAUCCCUUUGAUUGACUCGCGGGUCACAUGUAUUCUGCGCAGUGACCAAUCUGACUCAGGAGACUACACUGAAUCACAAUAAAAUCCCAAUUAAAAUGUGUAACUGAACAAAAGCCCAAUGUCCCUGUACCUAUAUUUGAGUGGAGAACAGACGAUCCUAGGAGGAAGCUCCAGUUAGCGACACCCAAUGCUCUCCGUUUGGAUCGGUCCAUUUGAACUUGGUCUAGGCCAUUUCAAGCCAAACUCCAACAGUAAAAACAGCCGCACCGUCUCUGUCUAAUCUCUGGUGGAGUCCCUUGUUGGAACACAAGUGGAUGAGGUUCCCUGUCUGUGUUACGGACUGGGCUUGAAUCUGCGGAACAUAUUAAAAAAAAAAAAAGGUCAAAUAAACAUUACCAUCCCAGAAUGAUGGAACUUGCCCCAGAAAGAUCUUGAACUUGGGGAGGAACACAAAAAAUGAUGUUUAAACUGUGACUCUGGAUCCUCUCCUGUGUAUUUUUUCUCCCUCCAAAUGGGAUUGGUCAUUUUAUCAAGUAUUUUGCAGAAAGAGUAUUGUUCCAUGUCAUACAUUGGAUGAAUGUUUUCUUUCCUCGGCUUACCCCAAAUGAACCAACCUCACACCGAAAGCGUGAACUGUUACCACAUUGCUUUAUUUUGAACCAGCUGGAGGUUGAGGGCUUGUUUUUGGUGAAUGGGGGCUGCCGUUACUAGGUGUUUUCUUUUCUCUAUUACCUGUAAACAUUUCAGGGGAAGUUUGGGGGCUAAUUGUUUUUCUGAGUAGGUCAGUUUUUUUGUAGUUGGUUAGUUAGCGCUGAGUUUAACGUGCUGCUACUUGCUGAGUGUUUAGGAGGGUUGUAGGUAUUUCAUAGGGCCAUAGUAGCGCUGGUGUUGGCACCAAUUUGAGCACUUUUGUCCGUCAAGGCUGAUUUUUUUUUAUUUUUUCUCAUAAGGUCUGGGAUAAGUUUGUGUGUGUGUGCAAGUGUGUAUGUGUGUGUUCAAAUGAUGACCAGGGACAUGAGCAUGACUGUGUAUUCAAGAAAGUGUGUGUGCAUGUGUUUACUGUAAAUUGCCCAGAAGUCUGCUUUGUCAAGCGGGUUACCCUCUUUAUUAAUUUGUAAUGCUCGUUUUUAACUACAGUCACGCUGGCAAACAUCCUGCAACACGUGGCACUGAUACACAACAUGGCGGCUCAUGUGGUCCCGUUGUACUUUGAAUGCGGUUUGGGUUUUUUUUAUUGUCCCUCUACCCCCCCCUUUUCCUCCCUCAUUCUCAAACACUCUCUGGGGGUGUAGUCCGGAUUUUUGGACCAGACCCCAAGCAACAGUUUCGCCAUCUGGUUGCAUCAGUGCCAGAUCGAGGAGGGAUAAAGGGACGGAUGUAUUUUUGGGGCAUGUUUACACCAUGUGGCAUCUGCCUCUCUCGCCAACACUGGAGGCUAUGGACAGCUGAUGGUUAAUUAUUACAUAACUAGCCCCCACCCCUCUCCCCCACUUUUUUUAAAAAGAAUUUUAGAUAAUAUCACAUUAUGAUAAUAAUUAUGGCUAAAUGUGUCACGUGGCUUUUCUUUGCCUUUUUGUGUGUGUGUGUGUGUGUGUGAGUGUGUGUUGAUUGCCUUUGCCUGGUGAAGGGGUUCUUGUGCAAACAGGUAUUUGUAGUGUUUUUAAGGCUGAACUAAGAUGGAAGCCCAAUGGAAAGGCUGCUCAACAGAUGCUGUUUGAUGCAGGUUGUACACAGGCCACAGGGAAGGAACAAAAUCUUUAAGCGAUUGCUUUUGCUGCCUGUUCCAUGUGUUUAAAUCUUUGCGCUUACAGGGGAUAUGGAUCAGUUUAGGGGUCAGCCCUGUGCACAGGUUUCGAACUGGCUUGUUUGUUCACCCCAGCCUCUUUUUUUUUUCCCUCUGGUCCCUGAUGUUCUUCAGUCUGAGGUGCUACGACUUGUCUGGCCACUUGAGGGCAGCCCUGUGCAUGUUUUCAUGUUUUGUAUUGGAGAAUAGAAAAAUAAUGCCAAAAGUCUGUCUGUGCAUUUGGGGGCAUUGCGUGAGAGAGUGUGGAAGACAGGGUGCAUUGAUCAUUAGAUGUUACAUUUGUUGUGGUGAUAAGUUAUGAUGUUGUAUACUUUGGCUGGGAGGGGUGGGGGUGUUUGUUUGUGUGUGUGUUUUUUUGUUGUUGUUUUUUUUGUGGUGGUGGUUGGGUUGUCGAUAAAGAUAAUAGACAAUCUAAAACCCCACAUUACUCUCAUUUACUUUCUUACCCCUUCUAAGCUGUGUGGUGCAAUACCUCAAUCUUUACCAAUGCUAACUAAGCGUGUAAACUAGCUCCUCCAACCAAGGACGGUAUUUUCUAUAAAUGUCCCUGACUCCUUGGUUUUGAAUCGCAGGGCGCCGAUCCCCCAUCUGCCCUGUGCUUUGAGGUUGAUGUAUUAGAUGAGAAUGUUUUUCAAAGAGUCACCACAGCGGUAUCUGCACCCCCAAGAUAUGGACAAUCUGCCUUUACUCUGGUAUAAAAAAACAAAUUGAAUUUUAUUUAUUAAAAUUGUAAAUAUGUAAUGCAAUUCAAGAAAAUGGCUUGGUCUUUGUCUGUUCAAUAUACUGUUUCUAAGCUCCAAUCUUUUGUAUGUCUCAGAAAUUGUUUUUAUAUGUAUUUUUUACAAUAAAUAUGUGUGAGAGA